AUGGAAGAUUAUCUGGGGAAGAGGAAUGUCUUUACCCUCCCUGAACCAGGCUCUCUGGGGAAGAGGAAUGUCUUUACCCUUCCUGAACCAGGCUCUCUGGGGAAGAGGAAUGUCUUUACCCUCCCUGAACCAGGCUCUCUGGGGAAUAGGAAUGUCUUUACCCUCCCUGAACCAGGCUCUCUAGGGAAGAGGAAUGUAUUUACCCUCCCUGGACCAGGCUCUCUAGGGACGAGGAAUGUCUUUACCCUCCUUGAACCAGGCUCUCUGGGGACGAGGAAUGUCUUUACCCUCCUUGAACCAGGCUCUCUGGGGACGAGGAAUGUCUUUACCCUUCCUGAACCAGGCUCUCUGGGGACGAGGAAUGUCUUUACCCUCCCUGAACCAGGCUCUCUGGGGAAGAGGAAUGUCUUUACCCUUCCUGAACCAGGCUCUCUGGGGAAGAGGAAUGUCUUUACCGUACCUGAACCAGGCUCUCUGGGGACGAGGAAUGUCUUUACCCUCCCUGAACCAGGCUCUCUGGGGAAGAGGAAUGUCUUUACCCUCCCUAAACCAGGCUCUCUGGGGAAGAGGAAUGUCUGUAGAAAAGAUUCAGGGCAUUGUACAUGUACAGACAAUGAUAUUGAAGGAUAUGAGUACAGUGGAGGCUCUCUGGGGAAGAGGAAUGUUUUUACCCUCCCUGGACCAGGCUCUCUGGGGAAGAGGAAUGUUUUUACCCUCCCUGGACCAGGCUCUCUGGGGAAGAGGAAUGUAUUUACCCUCUCUGGACCAGGCUCUCCUGGCAAGAGGAAUGUCUUUACCCUCCCUGGACCAGGCUCUCUGGGGAAGAGGAAUGUCUUUAUCCUCCCUGAACCAGGCUCUCUGGGGACGAGGAAUGUAUUUACCCUCCCUGAACCAGGCUCUCUGGGGACGAGGAAUGUCUUUACCCUCCCUGGACCAGGCUCUCUGGGGAAGAGGAAUGUCUUUACCGUACCUGAACCAGGCUCUCUGGGGAAGAGGAAUGUCUUUACCGUACCUGAACCAGGCUCUCUGGGGAAGAGGAAUGUCUUUACCCUCCUUGAACCAGGCUCUCUGGGGAAGAGGAAUGUUUUUACCCUCCCUGAACCAGGCUCUCUGGGGAAGAGGAAUGUCUUUACUCUCUCUGAACCAUGCUCUCUGGGGAAGAGGAAUGUCUUCACCCUCCCUGAACCAGGCUCUCUAGGGAAGAGGAAUGUCUUUACCCUCCCUGAACCAGGCUCUCUGGGGAAGAGGAAUGUCUUUACCCUCUCUGAACCAGGCUCUCUAGGGAAGAGGAAUGUAUUUACCCUCCCUGGACCAGGCUCUCUGGGGAUGAGGAAUGUCUUUACCCUCCUUGAACCAGGGUCUCUGGGGAAGAGGAAUGUCUUUACCCUCCCCUGA